AUGUCAUACUCGAAUCGUUUUCCACCGACUCAACACACGAGAUAUAGAAGCAGCUGGGGACCAUCUUCGGUAUCAGCUUUCACACGUGCUGAUGUCCCGAGAGCAUCUCCUGAGGAAGAAGAAUAUGAAUUUUAUCAUGAGAGAAUUCAUUCUGCUCAAAAUCGACAACUGAUUCCGUUACAAGAAGAUUUGGCUGAUUGGAUAAAUAAAAUAAUAAAUGUGGAUUACAUAACUGGCGAUAAUUUCUUCGAUACUCUAGAUAAUGGAGUAGUGGUAUGUAAAUUAGCCCGAGUUAUUCAGGAAAAAGCUCGUGCCGCAAUUGACUCCGGAUUAGCUAAAGGACCCGUACCAGUAAUACGCGGCCGUUGUUGGGAAAAUGCAGCCAGGCGUAGUUUUUUUUCACGCGACAACAUGGAAAAUUUUAUCCAAUUUUGCCGACGUUUAGGCGUACACGAAAAUUUGUUGUUUGAAAGCGAUGAUCUUGUACUUCAUGGACAACCACGUAAUGUUGUGUUAUGUCUAUUAGAAGUAGCCCGAUUAGCUUCUAAAUAUUCUUUAGAACCACCAGGACUGGUACAAUUGGAACGUGAAAUUGCUGAACAAGAACGUGAAUUACAUUGCAUGUCAGAUAGUGGUAUAUCUCAUAGUAGUUUAGUUUCAUGGCAAUUUCAACCCCCGUCUCCGAUUUCUUCACCUAUACCACCCAAAGAGAAAAUAAAACACAGCUGUUCGGCGUCUGAAAUAACUACCGCGGCUCUGUGGCUAAAUCCAACACCGCCGACGACACCACUUGAGCCACCGACGGAAAUGCGUCGUUCAGUGAGUGAUAAUGGACCGACUGGCAGUGACGGAGUACCGAGUGACACCACAGAGGACGAUUGGUCACGCGGUAGUGCUGAAGAUCCGGACGAACUUCCGUCCCCGGUUAGUUCGCCAUCACCGGCAGAACCUCCGGAACAUGUUGGACCAAUCACUGAACUCGAUAGAAAAAUUUUCAAAUAUAUCGAUGCGGGUACUCAAACUCCAGGAAAUUUAACCACAAAUUCAUCUGUGCGCAGAGCAGCAGAAGCUAUUCAUAGACUCUGUCAGUGUUCAAAUGAAAAGUGUUCAAAAUUAAAAGUACGAAAAGUCGGCGAGGGCCGCUAUCACAUCGCCGGUCGCAAUGUCUUCAUUAGGCUCCUUAAGGGCCGACACAUGAUGGUGAGAGUCGGCGGUGGGUGGGAUACACUGGAGCACUUUUUAUCAAGACACGACCCGUGUCAGGUGAGGGUCCUCAGCCGCGAAAGCACACCGCCUCCUCACACAACCGCAAAGCACACAAAUUUUCUCCACAUACGUGCUAAGUAUCGCAGUCCACCCGCAGAAUCAAUUUCUCGACGUUAAUUGCACAGUGCCUACCACUUAAUUAUUAUUUAUAUUAAUAUAUACCAUUUAUUCUUCAUUAUAUAUACAUCUGGCUUUAUAUAAUGUAAGAAAUCAUCAUCAUAUUAAUUAAUUAAUCAAUCAAUUAAUUAAUUAACUACUCAAUUAUCAUGUGCGCACGUCCGAAUUAAUGUAGUCCACUUUGCCUACUACUUUAUACAUUUAUAAUAAUUAAUAAUAAUAAUAUAUAUUUAUACAUUUGUAUAUUUAUAUAUUGCAUAUUUAAUAUUUAUAUUGAUAAAUAUUUUUCCAGUCAGGUUUAAAAAUUUUAUAAAGAAAAAAAAAUAGUUAUAGUAAAAAAAUUUUUCUACGAGAGCAAUAUUUUUUUUUGUAAUUUAAAAUAUUAAUAGUAAUUAUUAAUUAGUAAUAAAUAAACGUGUCUUGAUAUUUGCUCAAUCAGAAUUUUUUUUUUUAUAUAUAAAAUAUUAAAUGUGAUAGUAAUUUUUUUUAAAUUUAAAAAAAUGUUCUUCGAUUUUUGAAUAUCGAUUAAUUACGAAGCAAUGGUAGUAAUUAUUUAUAAUUAAUUACAUUAGCACUUGGUAAUAAACAUAUAUAUAUAUAUAUUAGGGUGGUUGUUGAAAAUUAAAAUAAGUGGGGAAUUUGGUUUUUUUUUUAAGUAAAAAGAACACGUGCACUUCAAAGUUCAUUUUUCGAUACAUUCGCGGUUUUUUUAAAAUAUCUCAUGAAAUAUGCAGAUUAAAGGAAAAAGUCAUAGGAACAAUUUUGUAGGGAAUUAAAUUCUUGACAAAAAAGGUCAUGUUCAUUUUUUUUAUAAAAUGCGUAUUUAUAAAGAUAUUUUAAAAAAACUUUUUUCAGAUCUUAGGAAUUGAGCGUUAUAAGGAUUACAAAUGUUUUUUUUAAAUAUCUCAUGAAAUAUGCAGAUUAAAAAAAAAAAUCAUGGGAACUAUUUUGUAGGAAAUUAAAUUCUUGACAAAAAAAGUCAUGUUCACUUUUUUUAUAAAAUGUAUAUUUACAAAGAUAUUUAAAAAAAAACAUUUGUAAUCCUUAAAACGCUCAAUUCAUUAGAUCUAAAAAAGUUUUUUUAAAAUAUCUUCGUAAAUAUACAUUUUAUAAAAAAAACGAACAUGACCUUUUUUGUCAAGAAUUUAAUUCCCAACAAAAUUGUUCCUAUGACUUUUUCCUGUAGUCUGCAUAUUUCAUAAGAUAUUAAAAAAAAACAUUUGUAUUCCUUAAAACGCUUAACUCAUUAGAUCUAAAAAAGUUUUUUUAAAAUAUCUUCAUAAAUACACGUUUUAUAAAAAAAAUGAACAUGACCUUUUUUGUCAAGAAUUUAAUUCCCUACAAAAUUGUUCCUAUGACUUUUUCCUUUAAUCUGCAUAUUUCAUGAGAUAUUUAAAAAAAACCGCGACUGUCUCGAAACUUUGAUCGGCACGUGUUCUUUUGACUUAAAAAGAAAAAACCAAAUUCCCCACGUAUUUUUUCACUAAAAAAAAAGUUUUUUAUAAAGCGCCUGAGAAAAUUUAAUUUUUAACGACCACCCUAAUAUACAUGAAUAAAAAGGCACUUAAUAUACUCAAAUUUUCGCUUAAAUGCGAUUUAUUUGCACACAAAUAAAUUCAAUCAGUACAAUAUUUAAAUAUAUUUAUAUAUAAAUAUAUUAAUUGCUUACAUUUAGCUUGAUAAUUGUUAAUCCAAUUUAUCUUUUGUACUUUUAUAAAAAAAAAAUAA